AUGCUCCUCUUUGCUCAGCUCCUGUUGCAAAUUCUCAAGAUCCAAGCAAAAGUUUCAUCAAUCAUAGUGUUUGGAGACUCCUCUGUUGAUUCGGGGAACAACGAUCACAUACACACAGUCUUGAAGAGCAACUUUGAGCCUUAUGGACGUGAUUUCUACGGUGGCAAGCCCACUGGCCGGUUCUCUAAUGGUCGCAUGCCAACAGACUUCAUCUCGGAGGCGUUCGGGGUCAAGCCAACAAUACCUGCCUACUUGGAUCCAACAUAUGAUAUAACGGAUUUUGUUACAGGAGUUUGCUUUGCUUCAGCUGGAACUGGUUAUGAUAAUGCUACCUCAGAUGUGCUUUCUGUAAUACCUCUGUGGAAAGAAUUAGAGUAUUACAAAGAAUACCAGAAGCGGCUAAGGGGCUAUCUAGGCGACGAGAAAGCUGACAAGGUCAUGACUGAUGCAAUGUAUCUAAUAAGCAUAGGAACAAAUGAUUUCUUAGAAAACUAUUUCAUAAAUCCGCGCAGAUCAUCGGUUUAUUCUGUGGAAGAGUACCAGAAUUUUCUUGUAGGGAUUGCAAGAAAUUUUAUCACAGAGCUUUAUUGGCUUGGAGCUCGAAAGAUAUCUCUGGGUGGACUUCCUCCUAUGGGAUGUUUGCCUUUGGAGAGAACCACAAAUUUAAUAAAUGGAAGAGCCUGCAAAGAAGAGUAUAAUAAGGUGGCUAGGGAUUUCAAUGGGAAGUUGCAAAGAUUGGUUGUGAAGCUGAAUAAGCAGCUUGCUGGGAUCCGAUUGGUGCUUUCAAACCCAUAUGAUAUUCUAUUGGAAAUAAUUCAGAACCCUAAUUCUUUUGGAUUUGAGAAUGCAGCAAUAGCAUGUUGUGCAACUGGAACGUUUGAGAUGGGUUACAUGUGUAACAAAUUCAGCCCCUUCACGUGUAUGGAUGCAAAUAAAUAUGUAUUUUGGGACUCCUUCCACCCUACAGAGAAAACAAAUGGCAUUGUUGCACAUUACGCGGGGAAAUGCAACGGAGGUGAUCCCAUGGAACUGGCCAAGGAAGAGGGCUUGCGAAGUCAUAAAGGCCAUAAACCACCACUGAGAAAAACAAUGCUGGUCUAUGCAAAUGAUUCAAUGUUCAGGUUACUUUCUGGACUGAAUCCUAUUUCACAGAAAGAGGGAAAGAGAGAUAAUUCCUCCGAUCAUAUUUAUUUGUUUGUCGACUUCUUUACUAAGAUAUUUCGUGUAGACCACAGCAAAUGA